AUGAUUAUCGGAUCUUUGAACGUGAGAGGGGGAGGUAGUUUGCUGAAAAGAAGGAGAAUUAAUUCUAUCAUAAAUAAAGGGAAGGCUGACAUUUUUGUAAUUCAAGAAACCAAGGUUAUGUUGAUGGAGGAGUCAAUUGCGAAGAGUUUUUGGAGGAAAGACAAUAUCGGUUAUUCCUUCUCCAAUUCGGUAGGGAGAUCGGGAGGCUUGAUUACGUUAUGGAAGGAAGAUGCGGUGAAUGUUUUACACAGUUUUUCGGGGGACGGUUUUUUGGGGAUAAAAGCUCAGUGGCAGGGUAAUUUUUAUUAUGUUUGCAAUAUCUAUUCUUCUUGUGAUCUUCAAAGGAAAAUUUCUCUCUGGAGAGUGCUUUUGGAUCUUAAAAAUAGAUAUGUGGAUGGUGAUUGGAUUAUGUGUGGGGACUUUAACGCCAUAAAGAAUUGUAGGGAAAGGAAAGGGAGGUCUCAGAACGUAAAUGUCAAUGAGAUGAAAGCUUUUGGUGAUUUCAUUGAGAAUUGCAAUUUGGUGGAUGUCCCUUGUAAAGGCAAGCGUUUCACAUGGUAUAGUGGGGAUGGCCUAUCGAUGAGUAGGCUUGAUCGUUUUCUCAUUUCGGACUCUAUUAUUAAUAAAUGGGGAGUGGUGGGGCAAAGUAUAGGUGAUAGAGACGUUUCAAACCAUUGUCCCGUGUGGAUUGUCAAGGAUAAUGUUGAUUGGGGUCCAAAACCGUUCAAAGUCAACAAUGAAUGGUUCCAACUCAAAUCUUUUUUACCUUUUGUCAAGAAAUCUUGGGAAGAAGCGGUGGUGGAAGGGAGGAGCGAUUUUGUUCUUAAAGAAAAAUUUCGUAUUCUAAAGGAGAGACUCAAAUGGUGGAAUGAAGAGGUGUUCGGGAGGAUUGAUUUGGAGGUUGAAGAGGAGGUGGCGAAUUUGAAUAGGUGGGAUUCUUUGCUUGAGGAGGCGGAUGAUGAGGGAAGGGAUGAAAUUGUUAGAGGUAGGAAAGAGACUUCUAGCCGAUUUUGGUUGAACUUGAGAAUCAAGGAGAACAUGAUAUUACAAAAAUCUAGGCUUGCGUGGCUUAACGGUGGGGAUUCCAAUAGUGGUUUUUUCACAAAGUUAUGA